AUGGAUGAAUUGGAACGCCUAUCGUUGGUUUCGAAAGUCUGCUCGGAACUGGAUAAUCAUUUCGGUAUCAAGGACAAGGAUGUAGCGGAGUUCAUCAUUGAACUGGCAACUAUAAACAACACAUUUGAAAAAUUCAAGAGAGCGCUUGACGAGCAAGGCUUGGGAGAGCAAUUCGAUGAUUCUUUGAUAGCUAAUUUGUUGCGCCUUAUUCAACAUAUGUUGCCGAAGAAGAAAGGUCGACAAAAUGGAACAAAUUCAUCUCAUAAAAUCACAUUAAUAUCGGAUGCUAAAGAAGAAAUAAAGGCAAGGUUACCGGCGCUUGCAAUGCCAAAUAGCAAUGCUGACGACAUGCUAAGUCAAUUGGAAAAUCUCGUUCCAAAAUGGAAGGAAGCAAAGAAAGAAGAGAUAACUGAAGAGGAAAGUUCGAAGAUUACCUCGUCCAGAUCUCCUCAACGAAAAAAGAAGUCGGAUAAAAGUAGGUCAAGAAAAAGUAGGAGCUACAGUCGCAGCCGAAGCAGGAGCAGAGAUGCAGAUCGGAGUAGGGGCAGAAGAAAAAACGGUCGUUCUCGCUCGAGGUCUAGAUCGACUUCGCGGCGCAGAAGACAUAGAGACGAUAGGGAUAGAAGGGAACGUGACUCGCAUGGUGAACGGAAUCAGGAUCGUGACCGUAGAGAUCGAGACAAUACGAGAAGGUCUAGCAAAGGACAUGAAAGGAACACACGCGAAAGACUUAAGGCGGAUCUACCGGAUAAUGCUGAAAUUGGUCAUAUUUAUAAUGGUACCGUUGUCAGCAUUCAGUCGUUUGGAGCAUUCAUACAGCUAGAAGGGAUAAGACAGCACGUACAAGGAUUGUGUCAUAUUUCACAAAUGAAGAAUGAAAGAGUGAAUGCUGUCGCAGAUGUGCUGAGCAGAGGUCAACGUGUUAAAGUGAAGGUGCUGAAAAUCGAAGGAAACAAAGUUUCUCUUUCAUUGAAAGAAGUUGAUCAAUCAACAGGAGAGGAUCUUAAUCCUGUAGAAGCUCCGUUAGCAGCAGAUGCCGUUGGUGUGAGCAAUCUGCGAAAUCCUGAGGCUCCAUGGACCAACCCUGAAGUUUCGGGUCUUUCAAACGCUGUGGCUCCAACCACAAGUGGGAAAAGCCGUGUUCGUAUGUCAACCCCGGAAAGAUGGGAAUGGCAACAAAUGGUUGGAGCUGGCGUGGUUACCAAUCUAGACCGCCCUGAUUUUGACGAAGAUUCUGGUGUUUUAAGAGCAGAUGAAGAAGAAAGCGAUGGUGAGGAUUAUGAGGUUGAGCUCGUUGAAGAAGAGCCUGAAUUUUUGCGUGGAUAUGGCAAAGGCAAUCAGGAAAUUGAGCCUGUGAAAGUAGUGAAGAAUCCCGAUGGAAGUAUGGCACAAGCGGCUCUAAUGCAGAGUGCUUUAUCAAAAGAGCGGCGAGAGGCAAAGAUACAAGCACAGAGGGAAAAAGAUGGUGAUCGAAACACGGGUUUACGAUCUACUAGCUCUAGGAUUCUGGAUCCUAUGCAAGAGCGCGAAAUUGACAGUGACGAUGCUAGGGGAUCCAUGAAGAGAGAUAAAGACAUGCCAGAUUGGAUGAAACACGUUACAGCCGGAGGUAAGGCGACAUAUGGAAAACGUACAAAUUUGAGCAUAAAGGAGCAACGAGAGUCCUUGCCUAUAUUCUCAUUGAAAAAGGCAUUAAUUCAGGCUAUGAUUGACAACCAAAUCCUUGUUGUAAUUGGUGAAACUGGUUCUGGUAAAACUACUCAGAUUACCCAGUACGCUGUUGAAGCUGGCUUCACUCGAAAGGGCAAAAUUGGCUGUACCCAACCAAGACGUGUCGCUGCCAUGUCUGUGGCGAAGCGUGUGGCUGAAGAAUUCGGUGCCAAACUUGGUCAGGAAGUCGGAUACACCAUUCGAUUUGAAGAUUGCACGAGCCAAGAUACUAUCAUAAAAUACAUGACUGACGGUAUGCUUCUGCGCGAGUGUUUGGUGGAUCCCGAUCUUAUGUCGUACUCCCUUAUAAUGUUGGAUGAAGCUCACGAAAGAACUAUCAAUACCGAUGUACUUUUCGGUUUGUUGAAGGCAGCCGCGAAAAAACGCCCGGAUCUCAAACUUAUUAUAACGAGUGCAACAUUGGAUGCGGUUAAGUUCUCGGAAUACUUUUUGGAGGCUCCUAUCUUUACUAUUCCCGGUCGGACCUUCCCAGUUGAAAUUCUGUACACAAGAGAACCAGAAACUGAUUACCUGGAUGCUGCGCACAUAACGGUCAUGCAAAUUCAUCUAACGGAACCUCCUGGGGACAUACUUGUUUUCCUUACAGGACAGGAAGAAAUCGACACAUCUUGUGAGGUCUUAUAUGAACGUAUGAAGGCACUCGGACCUGAUGUUCCUGAGCUGCUCAUUUUGCCUGUUUAUGGAGCUUUGCCGUCUGAAAUGCAGACUCGUAUCUUUGAUCCAGCUCCUCCAGGAAAACGAAAAGUUGUUAUUGCUACCAAUAUCGCGGAGACAUCUCUAACUAUCGACGGUAUAUACUUCGUAGUCGAUCCAGGUUUCGUGAAGCAGAAAAUCUACAAUCCGAAAAGUGGAAUGGAUUCUUUGGUGGUCACACCAAUCAGUCAGGCUGCUGCGAAACAGCGUGCUGGACGUGCAGGAAGGACAGGACCCGGCAAAUGUUAUCGACUUUAUACGGAACGAGCUUAUAGAGAUGAAAUGCUGCCAACGCCCGUUCCUGAGAUUCAGCGUACUAAUCUUGCUUCUACAUUGCUCUCUUUGAAAGCCAUGGGGAUCAACAAUCUUAUCGAUUUCGAUUUCAUGGAUGCUCCUCCUUUAGACUCCAUGAUUACAGCGCUUCAUCAAUUGCACACUCUAUCCGCACUAGACGGGGACGGCUUGUUGACAAAGCUUGGUCGUCGAAUGGCAGAGUUCCCAUUGGAGCCCUCCUUGGCAAAGCUACUCAUUAUGUCAGUUGAGCUAGGAUGCUCUGAUGAAGUGCUGACUAUCGUGUCAAUGCUCUCCGUGCAAAAUGUCUUUUACCGCCCAAAGGAAAAGCAAGAGCAGGCGGAUCAGAAAAAGGCGAAAUUCCACCAGCCUGAGGGUGACCAUAUGACACUCCUAGCUGUGUACAAUUCGUGGAAGCACCAUCACUUCAGUCAGCCCUGGUGCUUCGAGAAUUACGUUCAAAUAAGGACUCUUAAACGUGCACAGGACAUUCGGAAACAGUUGCUUGGUAUCAUGGAUCGCCACAAACUGGAUCUAGUGAGCUGUGGUCGGGACGUACAGCGAAUUCAGAAAGCAAUCUGUUCUGGUUUCUUCAAGAAUGCAGCAAAGCGAGAUCCACAGGAGGGCUAUCGAACACUUGUAGAUGGACAAAACGUUUUCAUUCACCCAUCGUCUGCACUCUUCCAAAAUCAACCAGAAUGGGUUGUGUACCAUGAACUUGUAAUGACGACUAAAGAAUACAUGCGAGAGGUCACUGCAAUCGAUCCACGAUGGCUUGUUGAAUUUGCACCGUCAUUUUUCAAGAUGGGGGAUUCAACGAAAUUAUCAGCUUUCAAAAAGAACCAAAAGAUCGAUCCUCUUUUCGACAAAUAUGCAGAUGCCAACGCAUGGCGUAUCACACGCGUCAAAAAGAAGAUUUACAAUCCAAACAGAUAA